AUGUCAUUUCUCACGUCAGUCUGUCUGUCUUUUUGGCUGGCCAUGUUACCUGUCACUGCACUGAGUGAAGAAAUCCGCGUGCUUGUGCUUCUGCCUAAGAACAACUCUUACAUCUUUUCAAUCGCAAGAGUUUCUCCUGCCUUAGAAUACGCAAAGAAAUCGCCACAACUUAGCGAAGGUCCCACUUUUAAUUUGAGCUAUGAGAAUUCAGCCUGUGACAUGGACGCUCUGUACGCACUUGUGAACAAGUCACCAGACAAUCGACCCGACUUGAUCCUCGGUCCCGUGUGCGAGUACGCUGCCGCGGCUGUGGUGAGGGUUGCGUCCCAUUGGAACAUCCCCGUAAUAUCAGCAGGUGCUUUGGCGACUGGCUUCAGCAAUAAAAAAACUGAAUAUUCCCAUCUAACACGAAUCUCCCCGCCUUAUCUGAAAAUGGCAGAGACAUUUUCUGCGAUGUUCGAGUAUUUUAAGUGGAAGAACCCACUCCUGGUCUACGACGAUGAUAAAGUGGAGCGGAACUGCUACUUUACAAUGGAGGGAGUGCACAACGUCCUGAUGGAAGAGGAUCAUCACAUUGUAACUUAUAUGAUUUACUCGAAAGAGGAGAAAGUCGACACUGAAGACCUCAUAAAAUCUAUCUACGAAAGUGAAGUGAUCAUCAUGUGUGCUGAAGCAGACAUAAUACGGGACAUCAUGUUAGCAGUUCAUCGGCGGAGAUUAACGGGUGGAAAUCACAUCUUCUUCAACAUUGAGCUCUUCAACUCCAGCUCUUACGGAGAUGGCUCGUGGAGGAGAGGAGACAAACACGACACUGAAGCCAGGCUAGCCUACAGCGCCCUGAACACGCUCACCUCGCUCAGGUCCGUCAAGCCCGAGUUUGAGAACUUCUCCAUGGAGGUGAAACGAUCCAUCCAGGGAGCUAACAUCCGCCACUGCAAGGACUGUGAUAAUGUAAACAUGUUUAUCGAAGGUUUCCAUGACGCUCUGCUCCUAUACGGGUCUGCCUUGAAGGAGGCAAAGAAAAACAACUACACCAAGAAGGAUGGGUUAGAGAUAACACACCGAAUGUGGAACAAGUCGUUCGAAGGAAUCGCUGGUCGGGUCUUUAUAGAUGAGAACGGUGACAGGGAAGGAGAUUUCUCUGUGAUUGCUAUGACAGAUCGGGAGAAAGGCACCUACGAGACAGUGGCAAACUACUACGGUGUUAACAGGAGUUUCCAGUUGGUGCCUGGGUUCAGCAGUGAGCGUUUCACCCUGCGCGGGACACAGAAGCCUUUUCAGACAGAGCCCACAGACAAAUCAUGUGGACUAGAAGUAUCGGCGGUGACAGGGAUUAUAGUUGGAGCGCUCCUGGGAACGGCAUUGCUCAUGGCAUUCCACUUUUUCAGGAAGAACUACAGAAUUACCAUAGAGAGAAGGACGCAGAGGGAGGAGUGUGACAUCGGGAAACAUCGUCAGUUACGAGAGGACUCCAUCAGAUCCAACUUCUCAGCGGCGUAGAGAGUUUGAGAGGCCCUGUCGUUCCAGUGGUAUUCUGGUUCUGAGGCAACUUGUCUCAGAAUGUGACCAAAGACUCUGCAACACUGUCCCUGGAGUCCUCAAAUAUUUAUAGACAUACUGUAGUGUUUUUGUUAAUGUCUCAAAUUCUUGACUUUCGUAAACUCAGGAAAGCUGCAUUAAUUAAAGAGAGCUGCUUGUGAAGCCUUCUCAUCCGUGUAGAAAAAGAAAGAUCUGUUUGGUUUUUUGUUUGAUUGUUUGUUUGUUUGUUUUUUAAAUGGCAGACCAUGUCUUUUUCAGUGGGUUAGUCUUGAGGAAGAACGAGUUGUUUCCCCCAAAUUUACUCUAGUCCCAUUCUGCUGAUGUCUGGCCACCUUAUAGUUUAAUGAUUCUGUAGGUAUCACUGGGCUAAGGUUACAAUAAGUGAAUCUCCAAAAUGUUCAUUCCCCAAAUAUUUCACAUACUUUCUCUGAUGAUUGCAGAGGAAGUGGUUGGUUAGAAUGGGAAUAUUUAUGCGCCUUUGCCCCAUUAAACCAGAGCUGGGCGUGAGUUUGACUUUCUCUGCGGGGGACAGGAGGGAGGAGGCAGAAAUAACACAGCUCUGGAGUGAGCUGCAUAUCCAUGUUCUUCAUUGUCUGCUGUACUCUGACAAGCUUUUAAUGUAAUUAAACUCUCACUCUGUGACUGGAACCACCAGGUCACUGCAUGAGCGCCAUUCCAAACGCUCUGUUGUGAAGC